GAGUGAAAUUUGGGGUACCGCGUAUGAAAACGCUAUCUAGACCUCGAAUUGGCAGGAUUUUUGGGCAUCAUACUAUACCCUAACUCUGAAUGAGUGAGCCCUAGGUCCUAAUUAUCUAAAUCACAUAAACUAUAAACCCUAAGAUGGUGCAUUGAUUUUUUGCCUAUAUUUGGACGAAUCAUAACCGUCGAUUAUUGUUUCCAAUUAAAUUGAUCUUGGGGUAUAAGAUUUAAAGAAUUAAGACCUAGAUUUUGAUCUUUAAGGGUUAGAGUAUAGUAUUAUGUCCGAAAGAUCAGUCAAUUCAAGUUCUGGAUACCGUUUUCUUACUCAAGGUAUGCGGUACCCCGAAUUUCACUAUGGGUUGACAUGCCUCUACUGUCACCCUAGAAAAUGGCCAAGUUUAACCACCUACUAGAGCGUAGUAUAGCGGGUUUGGGUUUUAAUGUCAACCCGGGUCCUAAGUGUGCUGGCUACUCCGUGAAUUCUUAUUAUUUAGUGGUUUAAACGUAGUGAAGGUCUCUGUAAACAAGCAAGCAAAACAGUAAAAGGUUGUUUUCAAGUUGAGAGAGCUCACCCGGAUAUGGUUCCCCCUAGAUUGCAGUCAAUGUAGUCAAAAUCGCGUUUUAAAACUUAAAAACUUACGAUUUUACGUUUCUAGGUCACUAAAACGCUUCUACACAAAAUCUCAGUUUUUAUAACUUAUGUAGUUAAAAACUCCGCUUUAAAACUUAAAAACUUACGAUUUUACGCUUCUAGAUCACCAAAACGUUUCUACAUAGAAACUCGCUUUUGACUACAUUGAUUGCAGUUAAGCCAGAUUGUAAUUUACCAAGUUUGAAUUCAAAGAUAGUUAUACUGUGGGAGGUUCUUAAACAGUCUGCAGUCUCGACUAAAGGUCUGCAGACCCUCUCAAUCUGAGUCCCCAGCGGGCGACUAACCUCCAUUGGAGUAAACAGAUUGAGGUCCUAACGAACCAAACCUCCUCUACCGAAGUAAAUCCGGUACAUAAUAGUGAAUUUACUCCUCGACUAAAGUCGUCAAUUCACUACCUUCAAUCAAGGGUGCUCUAUCAACCUAGGCAUAUAUUCUCUUUCUAGGUCAAAGCAGAAACAACAUGAAUUUGAUCAGGAUUCAUGCCAUUCAACAAAUCAGACCUCAAUUGAAUAUAAUCAAAUCAAUGGAUUCAUACUUGGGUUCAUACAAUCAGACCUAACAUACAAAUCUAGGGUUCUUCAUACCCAGGUGAAUGUGGAAGUUACUCCAUGGAGAGAGAGGCAAACUCUAGCUUAGAAGCAAAAAAACACGCUGUGAAGGAUGGGGUUUUGCUUCUGGUAGUCAAUCAGCACUACCCCAAGCGUUAUCCGGGCUCGACUGAUGAUGAAGAUCGAUCUAAGGCGCUUGAGAACUCUGGUUCGUCGCCUUCUCUCUAUAGGAAUCACUUUCUUUCUCUAAAACUCUGAACCCUUGCAAAAUUGGCUUUCUUUCCCUUAAAAACCAGCUGCUUGCGAUCUCCGACCAUAAUCCCCGGUCGGGUAUUUCAGGUACCCGGCCGGGGAUUUCGAAACGCAGCGCAGCGGUACAGGGGAUAAUACCCGAUCGGGUAUUUUUGCUCUCAGGCUGGGACCCCCUACCUUCUGGGCGUCCAAAACUGCUUUUCCCCGGCCUCGCCUUGCAUUUUACCCGGCCGGGUAUUUUGCUCCUCCAGCCCCCUUCAACUCAAAUGUCCUCCUUUUGACCCGAAACUCGUUUUUUCGCCUCAACGUCAACGCCAAGCCCUGAAAUAUGACAUAAACACACAAACUAGCGUGAAAUCGUCUUAAAACAUGAGAAUCUCUUCUCCAACGGCUCAAGAAUAGGGGUAUAAACAUGUGUAAUUAUUGGUCUAUCAUUACCGUAGAACUCCCCAUAUAUAUAUAUAGUGCAUUCUAUGGUAACCCGGGUGAAAUUCGGGAUACCGCAUACCUUGAGAUGGAAUUAGCAGGAUAUUUGGGCAUGUUACAAUGCCCUAACCCUUAAUGAGUGAACCCUAGCUACUAAUUAUCUAAAUCAUAAACUAUAAACCCUAAGAUGGUGCAUUAAUUUUUUGCCUAUAUUUGGACGAAUCACACUUCAUUGGGUUGCAUUGCACCUUAGGCCUGAGAGUUUGUAGAACUCAUUAUAGGUUCUUCUUGUUAAAGCCCAUGGGCGUUGGCCCAUGCACGUACAGGUCAUGGAGUCUAUGCAGCGUAUACGUGUACUAGGUAGAGAGAGAGAGAGUUUAGGGUUUCUUUUUCCCUUCUUCCUUAAGUUGUGCCAUAUAUAUAUAUAUAUAUAUAUAUAUAUAUAUAUGGUGGCUACUUCGGUGCACUCACAAAAAUGAGUGCAUUCAAUGCACCCAACUCUAAAAGUAGCCUUAAGACAUCAAUUUUUUAUUUUGAUUGGCAAGAUUAGUGUAAUAUGAUGGUAUAACAUAAGAUAACAACUAAUCAAUGCAUUUCCCUAAGGCCUAAACCUUCAAUUUUGAACUUUUGUCUUAAACCCCACAGCAUGAACCCUAACCCUAAUCCUAAAUCCAUAAACCAUAAUUCCAUCAAAUUAAUGUAACUUUAGAAUAAUUUUUGUGCCAAUUCUUGGGGUUUCUUGUUCGUCGGAUCAUACAUGAUGAUUAACAUUGUCUUGACAUGAAUCGCUUGCUCAAAAUGUCAAUUAUAAAGUGAGUGCAUUGAAUGCACCCAAAAAAGUGAGUGCAGCGAAGACGUAACCAUAUAUAUAUAUAUGGUUCAAGCUAGCGUACGACAGUCGUACAUUGUACGCCCGUCGAGUUAUAUAUAUAUAUAUAGUGCCUUCUAUGGUACCCGGGUGAAAUUCAAGAUACUGCAUGCCUUGAGUAUGAAAAUGCUAUCUAGACCUCGAAUUAGCAGGAUUUUUGGGCAUGUUACUAUACCCUAACCCUUAAUGAGUGAACCGUAGCUACUAAUUAUCUAAAUCAUAAACUAUAAACCCUAAGAUGGUGCAUUAAUUUUUUGCCUAUAUUUGGACGAAUCAUAACCGUCGAUUACUGUUUCUAAUUAAAUUGACCUUGGGAUUCUGUUACCGAACCCUAUGCAACUCAACGCGAGUACUUUCAAUAUCGCGCUCCCUCCCACGAGCUUACCUGUAUUUUUUGUGACGAAAAGGGGCAUGUACAGAAGUUAUGUCGCAAGAGGAAAUUUUGAGUUUACUGUAAACGCUCCGACCAUAUCAUAAGUGACUAUCGUACCCUCAAGAACCACACCCAGUAUGUUGCAGGUUACACUCCCAGCGCCGAUCGCUUUGACGCCGCACCACCUCGAGCUGCACCCUUUGUCCUACGCUGUUCAGCUAGUCGAGGCAGCUGGUUUGUCCCUGCCGGCUAAUACAGUAGAUUAAAGGAUCUAUUCAGCCUUGCAAAAGUCCAUUCUCCCUGCUAUCAACUCCGCAUUUGCAACCCUUCAGGUGUCAGGUACGAUUAAACUAUGGUUGCUUGACUUAGCAUGCUUCAAUCACAUGACUAGUGAUUCUACUUUACUUUGCUCUAUUAAGCCCGUGAAGAGUCUGCAUCUUCAGGUUGCUAAUAGUUCUCACAUCCCUGUUGUUGGUCUUGGUUCAUUGCAUAGCUCGCAGCUUAAUUUGUCUAUUGUUUUACACGUCCCACAGCUGAGCCCCAACCUGGCCUCCGUUGGCCAACUUAUUGAUGAAAAUUGCUCUGUCUUGUUCGCACCGUAUGGGUAUUUUGUGCAGGAUCUGACGACGGGGAGGCUGAUCGGGAGGGGAGUAAACAAGGACAAACUUUUACACUGGAGGAGUUGUCGAGUCAAUCACCUGCGUCUGUUCCUCAGUCUUCUUGUAUUCAGGUGUCUAGUGAGUCUCGUCCUUUACCUGUUUCGCCUGUUCUUUUAUUAAAUGAGUCGAGUAAUCAUAGGAGUUUGUGGCACCGUUAGUUAGGUCAUCCCAAUUCUCAUCGGUUAUAGUCUAUGUUCAAACAGAGUUUACUUAGGGGUCGUUUGGAAGUUGCGAAUGUUAAAUCGUUGCAUUGUAAUGAAUCACCAUGAUACAAAUGCAUGUAUUGAUACAAUGGAUGCAUUUUAACAAUACAUUGCUUGGUUGUUGAGAUUCUACUUUAUGCAUUGAUUUACAUAAAGUUACUUUUAUGGAGAAAUGUCACAUUUACCCUCAACUUUUAGAAUAAGACAAAAACUAUUGGGGAUAUAAAUGGAAAGAAAAAGUUGACACAAAUCUAAAACCAACAAUCACAACAAUCUCAACUUCUAGUUGAGAUUUUAUAAUGCAUCAUUUUUUCUGAUUGUUGGUGGGACCUACAUAAAACAAUGAAUGCAUUGUUUAACACUUUGGCACUUCCAAACAUUGUGUUGUGGACAAUACAUGUAUUCAACAAACACAACUCUAACAAUCAUAACUUCCAAACGACCCCUUAGUAAUAAAUUGGUUAUUCCUAGUAUUCAUCUUGCGUGUUCUAGCUGUGUUGAAGCCAAGGCAAAGAGUAUCUCUUUUCCUUCUAGCCAGAUGAUCAUCUAAUACCCCUUUCAUGUGGUGCAUACGGAUCUCUGGGGUCUGGCUCCUACUACUUUCCACAAUGGCUACAAAUCCUUGCAUUAUUUAUCGAUCAUGCAACGCGCUACACUUGGGUUUACUUCCUCCACCUGAAGUCUGAAGUGUAUGAUGUAGUCAUUGAGUUUCUCACGAUGAUCUGCACACAGUUUGGGAGAAAUGUAAAGAUGUUGCUAUCCGACCCCGACGGAGAAUUUAGUUCUCACCCCCACUCGCCUAUUACAGAUCUCACGGUAUUAUUUGCUAGAAGUCAUGUCCGGGGGUCUCGCAGCAAAAUGGUGUUGUUGAACGAAAGAAUCGCCAUACAAUGGAGUUGACUCGAGCUCUUUUACUUGCCUCAUCUAUUCUCGCUCGGUUUUGCUCUCAAGUUGUGCUAUAUGUGGCCACAAAAAUGAGUGCGUUCAAUGCACCCAACUCAAAAUCUAGUCUAAGGUGCCAGAUUUUGAAUUUUAAUUUAUAGAAUUACUGUAAUAUGAUGAUAUAACAUAUGAUAACAACUAAUUAGCGGAUUACCCUAAGCCUUAUACCUCCAAUUUUGAGUUCUAUCCCUAAACCCCAAAUUGUAAACGCUAACUCUAACCCUAAAUCUCUAAACUCUAAAUCCUUCAAAUUAAAGUAAAUCUUUAAUGGUUUUUGUGCAAACUCAUGUGCGUUAUUGUUCAUCACAUCAUAAGUGAUGGUUGCAUCAUUUUGGCAUAAAUCACAUGUUUAAAAUGACGGUUAUGAAGCGAGUGCACUGAAUACACAAAAAAAGUGAGUGCACUGAAGACGACACCAUAUAUAUAUAUUACUCGUGUGUUUCUGGAGCAUACUAUGCUACAUGUACUCAUAGUGAGAUAUCUCUAUCUAGACCAUGAAUUAAACCGUGUCUGGGGUAUGAUACAAUAUCCUAACCUCAAAUGGAUAAACCCCAGACCCGAACACUCAGGGAUACCACGUAAAUCUGUUUGUCUAUCCGUUAUUUGUUUUCAUUCAAUAUGUCUAACACUCUCUAAUGUAAAAGCAUACAAGUAGCAUUUUUUCAUGCCAGAUAAUGGAUAUAUCGUUUGGUGCAUAUGGGUUCAAGCGAUAAUGGUUGCAAAAUUGGUUGAAAUACACCGGUAUGAAGUGGCUAUCAAAACCGGUGAAUACUGGUCAAAAUUGGAAAAAUCACUUGUCCAACUGUUAUGUCCAAUUUUCUUUCUUUGAAAAAGUGACGACAUUUUGGUAAAUUUAAUUAACAAAAGUUUUAAAUAUGA